AUGCCGCGCUUAACUUUGCUGCUAAAGAGCGCCUACAGGUGGGAGGGGGUGGCAUACGUGAGCAAGCUCCCGCAUCCUCUGCAGUGUUUAGAUAUUGCCACACCGCGGCAAAUAAAGCUGAAUUCAAAGUUGCCGACGUGUGUGUUUGUGCACGGUGGUUCGUGGCAACGUGGAGACAAGAGCGGAGGACUAAACCAUAACAUCGACCAAGCAUUCGUGCGAGCGGGAUGUGUGGGCGUCUCAAUUAAUUAUCGUUUGUCACCAGAAGUCCAGCAUCCUGAACAUGCCAAAGAUGUGGCUGCCGCUGUCGCAUGGUUGCACCGCAACAUUGCCAAGUUCGGUGGCGAUCCAGACAAAUUGGUGCUAGUGGGGCACAGUUCGGGCGCGCAUUUGAUCAUGCAGUUUCUUGCUGAUCCACAGUUUUUGACGGCUGCCGGGUUAGAGAAACCAAUACAUACGCUCGUCAAAGGUGCAGUUGGCAUUUCGGGUGUAUACAAUAUAGUUCGACUUGCCAAUACCUCGUUCUAUGGAGCGCUUGCUACGAAUCCACCGUUCGGGGAUCGCGUUGAGCAGUUGCGAGAGGCGUCUAUCGGAAGGAUAAUCACUAGAGUAGGGGCAGUCUCGCCCCUUGCUAGGAUGCAAUUGUUGUUGAUGAAUGCUGAGGAAGAUUUUCAUUUUCACGAGGACACAGAGGAGCUCAAGCAAUGGCUAGAUGCAGCAGGAAAUACUUCUGUUCAGCGCCAUGUUAUUCACAAUUGCAACCAUUUUAACAUUAUUCAGCAUCUUGCCAGCGCCAACCUAAACUCCAACACGAUCAUGCGGCUGAUUAUGGAUUUUGUAGCAAGGAUUACAACACCUUGA